UGAUCAAAAAAAAUUAAAAUAAUUUAUUAAGUAACGAUGAUAGAAGAAAUUAAUGACCUUAAAUGGAUUCCAUACUUUUUGGUCUUUCUAUUGGUCAUAAAUCCAUCAUUUGCAGACUCCAAUUUCUCAAACAUCCAGCGAAUGAUCCAGUUUGAUUCGUCCGGUGUGAACAUGGGAUGUCGUGCAUCAUCAAUAAAUAAAGAAGCUAGACCAUUAAAUUCAGUUUAUUUACCAAAUGGAUGUGUUUUAGCAAGAUUUCAAGAUAUGACGAUUGAUCAGUUCAGGGAUAUACGACUGAAAGCUGGUGGCUUAAUUGUCUUAUUGCCAAAAAAUCUACUGGAUCUCAGUUUGGAGGAAAAAGAAAACAUUUUCCUGCUCGAACAAGCAAUGCUCGUUGAAGAGAUUUCAAUUCCGGUCUAUUUCUCAAAUUAUGACGAAGAGAUUGAUAGAAUAAUAUCCGAGAUUAAUCAAAAUCCAUCAAAAGGAAGUGCCAAGCAACAAUCAGCAUUGUCAGAGAUCUUUAAAAAGAUUUCAGCUAAUAGCUAUCAAAUUGUUGUGUCUGGAUCUCAUUCACCGAAAAAGGAUAGUCGUAUUCCAAUAAUUCAAGGAGAAUUAAUUCCAUUUAAGCAAUCAUCAACAGACAGUCAAACAAAAUUGCCAGUAAUAAUCAUUUCAUCGCAAUUAAAGCCAUUUGGGAUAUCCAAUAGUCAACCACCAAAUUUCGAUGCAACAAUCAUGUUAACAUUAGCCGAUAUAUUUAGUAAGCUUUAUAAUCAAGUCACAUCAUCAGCAAAAUAUCGAAUUGUCUUCGUCCUCGAUGAGUCUGGAAGUUUAUUAAACUAUCAAGGAACUAAGAAAUGGCUUGAAAAUAAUGUUGAAGAGAAUAUUCACAACAUAGAAUUUGCAAUAUGCUUAGAGAGCUUCUCUGAGUCAAUUGGUGAUCUCUUCAUGCAUGUUUCAAAGCCACCAAAAGAAGGCACAAGUGUCUAUCGAUUCUAUGAGAUUCUUGAGAAGAAAACAAAGCAAUAUUCACAAAAGUCACUCGAGAGUGUCCAUAAGAAGAUCAAUUUAGCUGAUUCCUUCUUUAAAUUCCCACACGAAAGAUUCAGCAUGAAGCGUGUCUCAUCAUUCACAGUAUCAAGUUUAAAAUCUCACUCAGAGCCAUUAAAGACAUCAAUGUUUAGUGACCAUACAUCCACUAGUGUCCUUAAUUCCGAAAGUGAAUUAAAUAGUGCAAUAACUGAAAAUAUCCAAACAAAUACCAAAAUUCUAGCUGAAGCAUUAGCAUCCUAUAUAUUUAAUUUCAAUGAUGACGAGAAUGAGGAAAUCUUUACUGGAUCGUUGACAAUAACUGACAAGACAAUGCGACCUUACAUAGCACCAAAGUCGUUAAGCAAAAGUAACAACCUUAAACUUGCCUUCGAGAAGCUUCUUAAGAAUGUUAAAGUUACUUAUGACAUAAGCACUGACCGUGAUCCAGACUUUGUCUUUUAUGACGGCGAGGAAGCAAAAUUGAAUGUCUAUAAUGUCAAGCCAGCCGUUUUUGAUCUCUUUUUAACAUCACUCAUUGGAUGUUAUCUAUUUUCAAUUUAUUUCAUUGUCCUACACUUCCCAAAAGUGUACACAAUCAUCAGUAAAUUUGCUUAUAAUCCAGUACAACCAGCCACAAAUGGAAUCCAUUUAAAGAAGGCUAAUUAACUCGUUUUCUUUUGUUUGUUACAUCAUUUUAGUAAUUUUGGGUUUUUGGUUACUUCCAAAAAAAUUUUAUUCAAGCUCCAAAAAAUUAUUAGUAAAAAAAUAAAAUAAAAUAAAAUUUCUUUCAAAGUAAAUCAACAUAAUCGGUUCCUUUAUAGAUCCUUAAUAUUUUCAGACUUGCUAGAUUUUAUGGCUACUCAUAAAUCUCUAAAUCCAAGACUCUACGUGAACAUUAAUACUUAACAGAAAGCCAAACAAUAUGCAACAUCAAGUGAUCAACAUAAAUGCAGGUCAUGACACCUUAUAUAACAAUAAUUUAUAGACAGAAGUAAAUUUUAUAGUUACGAAGAAUUUUGAUUCGGACUUGUCGUUUCCUCAUCAUCUAGUCUAGUCAUCAGAAUUAUGGCUGUCUCGUCUGACGCAUUCAUAAUUCUAUAUGAUUGCCCUCGAGUAAUUGUUAUAAAUCCUAAAUUCUCGAUUCGCAAUUUGGUGUCAUUGAUUUUGAUGUCCACAACUCCACACAAAAGUGUC